UGAAGAGAGAACGUGUUUCCGGGUGCAGCACACAGAUCACCGCGUGCAGCACUCUUCAGUUGGAGCAGCGUGGUGACUAGAGAAGGAGAUACAUUAUUUGUUUGUUUAAACUUGGUGAAAAAGCGUCAGAGAUGCUUGUUUUAUUUGAAACCGCUGCUGGUUAUGCAAUAUUUAAAGUGAGUAUUUAGCUAAAGUUAUAUUCUAAAUUCUAAGAAUUUUAGAUGGAUGCAUGACAUUUUAAAUCAUCUAACCGGGUUCGCGUUUUCGCAGUGCAGCUAGCUAGCUAUUGCAUUAAAAUGCAAAGUAUUUCGAUGUCAAGAACUGUUUCACUUUGUUUAAAGUACCCGUUGGUUCUCUAUUCAGGUCGUCGUGGUAGUUCUGGCGUGCAAUCCUUAUUUUCACUGCAGCUGGGCCUUCUCAUCCAACACGCAGUAGUCAAGCAACCACGUUGCAUGUGGCAAGUUAACAAGCUACGGAUAUCUGCUGGAUAGCCACGGAUACUUUGCUACCUUGGACUGGGCUUCUGGAACUGUGCAACUAUUUGAACCCGUUUUGCCGUUUUUAAAGUUGAAUUAUUUAUUUGCUGCCAAUGCUUACCCAACAGUUAAAAUAGGCUACUCUUCCUAGCCUAGUUAGCAUAACUGGUGCGGGGUAUUUUGGAAGGACCGCAUGCUGGCUUUCUUGCCAGGCUCACCCGUUACUGAUCAUGACCCAGUUGAGAGGGGUUUGAAUGACAACACAUGUAAACCGAGUUUAGUUAAAUGAAGGUAAUUUAAGGAAUGCCUGUGUACUUGAUAGAUCUUUGAACCUUUUUUUGUUCCAGGUCCUCGACGAGUCAAAGCUCCAAGAGGUGGACAGUUUAUGGAAGGAGUUCGAAACGCCGGAGAAGGCCAACAAAGUGUGAGUUUUGGCCCCAUGUUUGGAUAAAGGAGUUUUUAGAUUCGAUUGAAUACGUUGUCAAUGAUCAAUAGUAUUACAUAUUAUCAGCAUAACGAACAUGAUUCUGGAGUUGUCAAAUAACACGUUGCACCAUUUCUCCUUCCAGAGUGAAGUUGAAGCACUUUGAGAAAUUCCAGGACACAACAGAGGCUUUGGCAGGUACAGAAUCCUUUCCCCUUUCCUGUUGCUCUCACUAUAGUCUACCAGGUAGUGCCCAUGGAACCAGCUAGUUACACACUAGCAACACUGUUACAUUGAUGCUGUUGACCCGGAUCACUGGUUGCUGCGGAAAAGGAGAAGGUCAAAAGGGGAGUGAGUGAAACCAGUGUGAAAUGGCUAGCUAGUUAGCGGUGCGCACUAGUAGCAUUUCAAUCGGUGACGUCACUUGCUCUGAGACCUUGAAGUAGUUGUUUCCCUUUGCUCUGCAAGGGCCGCUGCUUUUGUGGCGCGACGGGUAACGGUGCUUCGGAGGGUGACUGUUGUCGAUGUGUGCAGAGGGUCCCUGGUUCAAGCCCAGGUAGGGGCGAGGAGGGGGACGGAAGCAACACUGUUACACACUCUGCCAGGCAGGGUUAAUGCUAUUUGUCCAUUGUGAGAAGCCGAAGCCAGUAUACACUUCCUGCUCUCACUAUAGUGUACCAGAUCGGUGUGGAAGAACUUGACUGGCCUGCAUCAAGUCCUCACCGCAACCCCGUCGAACACCGUUGGGAAGAAUUGGAACACCGACUGCGAGCCAGGCCUAAUCGCCCAACAUCAGUGACCGACCUCACUAAUGCUCUUGUGGCUGAAUGGAAGCAAGUCCCCGCAGCAAUGUUCCAACAUCUAGUGGAAAGCCUUCCCAGAAGAGUGUUGUUGUAGCAGCAAAGGGGGGACCAACUCCAUAUUUAGAGCUGGUGUCCACAUACUUUUGGUCAUGUAGUGUACCUUCUCUCCUGUCUUCAUGUUGGAUCUAUAUCUCUCUCUAUAACAUACCUUCCCUCUCCUGUGCCCAGCGGCCACUGCCAUGACAGAAGGGAAAAUGGGGAAGAGUCUGAAGAAGAUCCUGAAGAAAGUGGUGGCUAAAGAAGCUCAUGAACAGCUGGCCAUCAGCGACGCUAAACUGGGAGGCGUGAUCAAGGAGAAGUUGAACCUGAGCUGCGUCCACAGCCCUGCGGUGGCUGAACUGAUGAGAGGGAUCAGGACACAGAUGGAGGCCCUGAUCACUGGCCUGCCCCCCCGGGAGAUCAGCGCCAUGUCUCUGGGACUGGCUCACAGGUAGGGUGGAUCACACACUGGAUUCAUUAGGAUCUCCAUUAGACUAGUCUUAUAACGAAAAAUACAUUAGACUAACACUUUAUAAUUUACUUCCAUUUAAAAUCAUUAACAUGAAGUGUGUUGCCGAUGAUUAUAUCUUGCUGUCUGAAACCUGGUGUAGAUUUCCUCAGCAUUCGUCACUACCCCUGAGGCAACACCUCUGUCAUAUUCAUAAAAGACCUGAAGGGGCUGCUAUGGAAGAUCCUGAUCUGUUUCUGUUUCCAAAGACCUGAAGGGCUGCUAUGGAAGAUCCUGAUCUGUUUCUGUUUCCAAAGACCUGAAGGGCUGCUAUGGAAGAUCCUGAUCUGUUUCUGUUUCCAAAGACCUGAAGGGUUGCUAUGGAAGAUCCUGAUCUGUUUCUGUUUCCAAAGACCUGAAGGGUUGCUAUGGAAGAUCCUGAUCUGUUUCUGUUUCCAAAGACCUGAAGGGGCUGCUAUGGAAGAUCCUGAUCUGUUUCUGUUUCCACAGUUUGUCCCGUUACAAGCUGAAGUUCAGCCCUGACAAAGUGGAUACCAUGAUAGUUCAAGCUAUCUGUAAGUACCUCUUAGACCAGGGAUGGGCCACAACCUAAUGUACCUAGUAUUAUGGUCUGUCUAGCUCUGUAACUAGUGUUAUGGUCUGUCUAGCUCUGUAACUAGUAUUAUGGUCUGUCUAGCUCUGUAACUAGUAUUAUGGUCUGUCUAGCUCUGUACCUAGUAUUAUGGUCUGUCUAGCUCUGUAACUAGUAUUAUGGUCUGUCUAGCUCUACUAGAUGACCUGGACAAGGAGCUCAACAACUACAUCAUGCGCUGCAGGGAGUGGUACGGUUGGCACUUCCCCGAGGUGGGGAAGAUCAUCACAGACAACCUGGCCUACUGCAAGAGUGUCCGGAAGAUAGGGGCCCGUACCAACGUGGCCACCACGGACCUGUCCGAACAUCUACCUGAAGAGGUUGAGGCAGAGGUCAAACUGGCUGCAGAGAUCUCCAUGGGAACGGAGGUGUCAGAGGAGGACAUCGGUAACAUCAUGCACCUGUGUGACCAGGUGAUAGAGAUCACAGAGUACCGCACCCAGCUGUACGACUAUCUGAAGAACAGGAUGAUGGCUAUCGCUCCCAACCUGACUGUCAUGGUGGGGGAACUGGUGGGCGCACGGCUCAUCUCCCACGCCGGUGAGUCAUGAUAUAACAGCCAAUCACACAGCAGGAAUCAUUCACAACACAAAACAAGCUGUGAUUAUGACGACUAUAUGUCACAAUCCUGAAACCUGAUGCUUUUCAGUCACUACCUCAUCUGAGCUUGUAUUGAGACCUCUUACCUGGACACCUGUAGCAGGCAGCUGGAAAGUCCAACUGCUCCUAAAUGUUGUGGUUCUCUCUGACAGGGUCCCUGUUGAACCUGGCCAAGCACCCGGCCUCCACAGUCCAGAUCCUGGGAGCAGAGAAGGCCCUGUUCAGAGCCCUGAAGACACGCAGGGACACGCCCAAAUAUGGUCUCAUCUACCACGCCUCUCUGGUGGGGCAGACCUCUGCCAAGAACAAGGGCAAGGUGAGGCUUUUGUUCCAUCCCAACACUAGAAGUAGAAUGUGUCUUCACACUACGGGACUGCUGUCAUGUUCCAGGGGUGAUACAGUUCUGAUCCAGCUUCUUUCUGGCCUCUCAGAUCUCCAGGAUGCUGGCAGCCAAAGCAUCUCUGGCGAUCCGCUACGAUGCCCUGGGAGAGGACACCAACGCUGAGAUGGGAGUUGAGAACCGUGCCAAGCUGGAGGCCAGACUACGCCACCUAGAGGAGAAGGGAGUAAGUAGAUCUCUGGUGGAGGCCCAGAACAACCAGACUACAUGAGAUGCCAAGCAGUGAUGAUGAUGACUAAUGUCAACAGUCCUGAAACUACCUGAUGCUUUUCAGUCACUACCUCAUCUGAGCUUGUAUUAUUGAACAGUGAUAUCCUACUAGUCUCACUACUAGUCCCCUACUGUGGUCCCCUACUCUACUAGUUGUAUUAUUGAACAGUGAUAUCCUACUAGUCUCACUACUAGUCCCCCUACUGUGGUCCCUUACUUUACUAGUCCCCCUACUGUGGUCCCCUAAAUCUACUAGUCCCCUACUGUGGUCCCCUAAAUCUACUAGUCCCCUACUGUGGUCCCCUAAAUCUACUGGUCCCCUAAUCUACUGGUCCCCUACUGUGGUCCCCUAAUCUACUAGUCCUCUACUGUGGUCCCCUAAUCUACUAGUCCUCUACUGUGGUCCCCUAAUCUACUAGUCCCCUACUGUGGUCCCCUAAUCUACUGGUCCCCUACUGUGGUCCCCUAAUCUACUGGUCCCCUAAUCUACUGGUCCCCUACUGUGGUCCCCUAAUCUACUGGUCCCCUAAUCUACUGGUCCCCUAAUCUACUGUGGUCCCCUAAUCUACUGGUCCCCUACUGUGGUCCCCUAAUCUACUGGUCCCCUACUGUGGUCCCCUAAUCUACUAGUCCCCUAAUCUACUGUGGGUCCCCUAACUACUGGUCCCCUACUGUGGUCCCCUAAGCUACUAGUCCCCAGUACUGUGGUCCCCUAAUCCUACUAGUCCCCUAAUCUAAACUGUGGUCCCCUAAAUCUACUGGUCCCCUACAUGGUGGUCCCCCUAAUAUACUAGUCCCCUAAUCCUACUGUGGCCCACUAAUCUUACUAGUCCCCCACUGUGGUCCCCGUAAUCUACUAGUCCCCUACUGUGGUUCCCCUAAUCUACUAGUCCCCCUACCUACUAGUGUGUAUUAAUUGAAACAGAGAUAUCCCAACUAUUCCCACCUAGUAGUCCCCUAACUGUGGUCCCCUACGUUCUACCUAGUUGUAUUAUUGAACAGUGAUAUCCCACUAGUCUCACUACUAGUCCCCUACUGUGGUCCCCUACUCUACUAGUUGUAUUAUUGAACAGUGAUAUCCAACUAGUCUCACUACUAGUCCCCUACUGUGGUCCCUUACUUUACUAGUCCCCCUACUGUGGUCCCUUACUCUACUAGUUGUAUUAUUGAACAGUGAUAUCCUACUAGUCCCCCUACUGUGGUCCCUUACUUUACUAGUCCCCUAAUCUACUGUGGUCCCCUAAUCUACUAGUCCCCUAAUCUACUGUGGUCCCCUAAUCUACUGGUCCCCUACUGUGGUCCCCUAAUCUACUAGUCCCCUACUGUGGUCCCCUAAUCUACUAGUCCCCUAAUCUACUAGUCCCCCUACUGUGGUCCCCUAAUCUACUAGUCCCCUAAUCUACUAGUCCCCCUACUGUGGUCCCCUAAUCUACUGGUCCCCUACUGUGGUCCCCUAAUCUACUAGUCCCCUACUGUGGUCCCCUAAUCUACUAGUCCCCUACUGUGGUCCCCUAAUCUACUAGUCCCCUAAUCUACUGUGGUCCCCUAAUCUACUAGUCCCCUAAUCUACUGUGGUCCCCUAAUCUACUAGUCCCCCUACUGUGGUCCCCUAAUCUACUAGUCCCCUAAUCUACUAGUCCCCUAAUCUACUGUGGUCCCCUAAUCUACUAGUCCCCUAAUCUACUGUGGUCCCCUAAUCUACUAGUCCCCCUACUGUGGUCCCCUAAUCUACUAGUCCCCUAAUCUACUAGUCCCCCUACUGUGGUCCCCUAAUCUACUAGUCCCCUAAUCUACUAGUCCCCUACUGUGGUCCCCUACUCUACUAGUCCCCUAAUCUACUAGUCCCCUACUGUGGUCCCCUACUCUUAUUAGUCCCCUACUCCUCCCCUAAUAUUGUACUGACCCUGGUUUCUCCCUUCAGAUCAGAAGAAUCAGUGGAACAGGCAAAGCCAUGGCCAAGUCUGACAAAUACCAACACAAGAGGUGAGUUACACCUGGAGACUACUGUGUUGUCUAACUAACCUGUCGUGUCUCUGGUAACUAGCCGUCUGUCGUGUCUCUGGUAACUAGCCGUCUGUCGUGUCUCUGGUAACUAGCCGUCUGUCGUGUCUCUGGUAACUAGUCGUGUCUCUGGUAACUAGCCGUCUGUCGUGUCUCUGGAUAAGAAUUGAUCAGAGCAUUACUUUUCCCUUUCACGCUGAGUGGUAAUCGAAAUGGAGAGAGCUGGAAAGAUUUUUCAAAUACAUUGAAGAACUAUUGUAAUUCUCAAUGGAUGUAAAAACAGACUUUGUUUUCUUUGAGAAGCUCCACAGGUCAUUAGUGGUGGUGCGUUAAGCCAAUCAGAAAUACUAUCAGAUCCCCAAAUGGGCACAUUUAUAGGUCUACAUUUGAGCGCAGGCCAGGUAGCCUAUAGGACCAUCCCUGCGGCUUCCGCACUAGGGUUAGCCUCGGCCUCCCCACUAGGGUUAGCCUCGGCCUCCGCACUAGGGUUAGCCUCGGCCUCCGCACUAGGGUUAGCCUCGGCCUCCGCACUAGGGUUGGCCUCGGCCUCCGCACUAGGGUUAGCCUCGGCCUCCGCACUAGGGUUAGCCUCGGCCUCCGCACUAGGGUUAGCCUCGGCCUCCCCACUAGGGUUAGCCUCGGCCUCCGCACUAGGGUUAGCCUCGGCCUCCGCACUAGGGUUAGCCUCGGCCUCCGCACUAGGGUUAGCCUCGGCCUCCGCACUAGGGUUAGCCUCGGCCUCCGCACUAGGGUUGGCCUCGGCCUCCGCACUAGGGUUGGCCUCGGCCUCCGCACUAGGGUUAGCCUCGGCCUCCGCACUAGGGUUAGCCUCGGCCUCCGCACUAGGGUUGGCCUCGGCCUCCGCACUAGGGUUGGCCUCGGCCUCCGCACUAGGGUUAGCCUCGGCCUCCGCACUAGGGUUAGCCUCGGCCUCCCCACUAGGGUUAGCCUCGGCCUCCGCACUAGGGUUAGCCUCGGCCUCCGCACUAGGGUUAGCCUCGGCCUCCGCACUAGGGUUAGCCUCGGCCUCCGCACUAGGGUUAGCCUCGGCCUCCCCACUAGGGUUAGCCUCCGCACUAGGGUUAGCCUUGGCUUCCGCACUAGGGUUAGCCUUGGCUUCCGCACUAGGGUUAGCCUUGGCUUCCGCACUAGGGUUAGCCUUGGCUUCCCCACUAGGGUUAGCCUCCGCACUAGGGUUAGCCUCGGCCUCCCCACUAGGGUUAGCCUCCGCACUAGGGUUAGCCUUGGCUUCCGCACUAGGGUUAGCCUUGGCUUCCGCACUAGGGUUAGCCUUGGCUUCCGCACUAGGGUUAGCCUUGGCUUCCCCACUAGGGUUAGCCUCCGCACUAGGGUUAGCCUCGGCCUCCGCACUAGGGUUAGCCUCGGCCUCCGCACUAGGGUUGGCCUCCGCACUAGGGUUAGCCUUGGCUUCCCCACUAGGGUUAGCCUCCGCACUAGGGUUAGCCUCGGCCUCCGCACUAGGGUUAGCCUCGGCCUCCGCACUAGGGUUGGCCUCCGCACUAGGGUUAGCCUUGGCUUCCCCACUAGGGUUAGCCUCCGCACUAGGGUUAGCCUCGGCCUCCGCACUAGGGUUAGCCUCGGCCUCCGCACUAGGGUUGGCCUCCGCACUAGGGUUAGCCUUGGCUUCCGCACUAGGGUUAGCCUUGGCUUCCCCACUAGGGUUAGCCUCCGCACUAGGGUUAGCCUUGGCUUCCGCACUAGGGUUAGCCUUGGCUUCCCCACUAGGGUUAGCCUCCGCACUAGGGUUAGCCUCGGCCUCCGCACUGAAAUGGGAGCGAAUCAGAAGGGUGUCUAGUGUUCCACAUAAAAAAAUAUGAUUUGCUACUGAUCGACUAAAAAACGUCUUGGUCGACUAACGGCCGCCUAUCGACCAAACAAUCGACCAGUCGACUAAUUACCAGCCCUACUGGUAACUAACGUUUUGUCAUGUCUAUGUUAACAUUCUGUCGUGUCUCCAUAGUGACGUGAAGGUGUACGACCCCUCCGGAGACUCCACCCUCCCCUCUGUUUCCAAGAAGAGGAAGUUUGAGGAGGUGGAGGAGGAAGAGGUGGUCACACCGGUGGCAGUCAAAUCCAAGAAACCCAAGAAAGAACCUGUGGAAGGUCAGUUGAGUCCCUCUUCCAUAAUACAACAUCCUAUUUAUAUAAACACAAUUCCUAACAUGAGACCCGUUCUCAGCCGCCUAUAACACAAUCCAUAACAUGAGACCCGUUCUCAGCCGCCUAUAACACAAUCCAUAACAUGAGACCCGUUCUCAGCCGCCUAUAACACAAUCCAGAACAUGAGACCCGUUCUCAGCCGUCUAUAACACAAUCCAGAACAUGAGACCCGUUCUCAGCCGUCUAUUCAUAUAAAAUAAAAGAAUCUCAGCAGUCUGUAUUAAGUUGUCUUGUCUCACGGUGCGUUCUGUUUUCAUUCAGAACCAGAGGCGUCAACGGCAGCAGAAGAAACUCCCAAGAAGAAGAAAAAGAAGGCGAGGAAAGCCGAGGCAGCGGAGGAGGCGAUGGACGUGAAGGAGGAGGAAGAGGAGGCGACCGUCUCUCCCACAGAGGAAGUACGUAGCAAUGCAUGAUGGGGACAUGCUCAUCUCAGCUGUUCUGUCUGAACAAACAUACUAACCCUAUUUCUUGUGAUUUUAGUCAUCAAAGAAGAAGAAGAAGAAAAAGAAGAAGGUCAAGGAGGAAGAGGGAGAAUAA